ACAUGGAUAUAUCUGGCAUUCCUACCGGAUUGUAAGCGGUAAGAACGCGAUGUUUGGAUCUGGACGGUGCGACAUAUAAAUGGCUGCAACGUACAUAUUCCGACUGCAAAACCUAUUAUCUAUCAUGAUAUGUAAUUCAUUUAGGUAAGAGCCUCCGAAAGCAUCCGAUAAAACAAAUCUUCAGUGACAAUAUGAUUAUCAUUCAAAGAAAUAGAUAAGAUUACUUUAAUUUACCUCGUUGAAGUUCUAUCAAUAAGAGAGAGAGAUAAGAGUAAAUUUAAACGCCCUCCAAUCAGACCACUGUAUCACCAAAAAAUAAGGACUUUGGAUAAUUUUCAUCAUGUCAAAAUGACUUUUUCUUUAGGCCCGCAGAAGAUCUCCAUCGCUUAAAAAAUUAGUUUUGUGUCAAUGAUUUUCUGAUUUUAUUGUAAAUUGAUAGAUGAAAACGACACGAAUUGAUCGUUGAAGUAAAGAGUGCAGUAGACUUGCACAUGCGCAAAUACAACAUCACAUAGUCACUGAAAAUCGUUUUCGGAGCAAAACUUUUUCGUGAAUAAUAUCGGAUAUUAUUGAUUUAAUUACAGUAAAUUUUGUUAAUGAAGGAUUUGUAACUGAUGCCGAGGGACUUUUAAUGCAACGAGUAUUUGAAAUUUGUUCCGCGUAUCUUAUUUACUUUGUCAUUUAUUUAUUGUCACUAAUUUUACGCUCCAUGUCGGGAUCUUGGUAAAAUCGAACCGUCUUGAUAUAAUAUUCCACGAUCGAAAUUUUGACGGUGAUGGAGAAAUUGUACAACAUUAUCUAAUUGAAGGUUCUGUAUUUCGUCGAUACGUUAAUCAACACAUGUCGUUAGUAAUGUACCUCCGUGUAUGCAUUAUAUAUGAACUCGAACGAUAAAUUGAUUUUACCAGCUGAACCGUUCGAUCUUUACGGACAUUGAAGGAAUGACUGCUUUAUAAUUGUAUUAUUCAAUAGUAUGGAAGUGCAAUUUAUUAAAACGCACAGGAUUGGAUAGUGUAACACAGUAAUUUACAUUACCAUCGCCGUUGAUACACAUUGGUUUGCACGUUUGUAAAAGAUAUAGAUAUACUUUCGGUUCUAAAGCAUGUUUGCAUGCAAAUUCGCUUUCGGUCGCCUAGAAAUUAUAAAGUUUAGAGAUAUUCUGAUAUACUGUCAGAAUUCUUUUUUGUGUGUCAUUAUCAGACGCAAACAGAGGAGCGUGGAUGGUUUAACAUUUGUAAUCACAACAAAACUUGUUUGUAAUGAUAUACUGCCUUUUCGUUUAUACAAGGUUAUGUGAAUAUAGUGUGGAUGUCCAUGUAGUUUGUUUAUAUGCCGCACGCAUAUCCAAGCCAAACUACUUUUUGUAUAUAUUGAUUAUGGACAGAUAUGGUCGAGUUGCAGAAAGUUUCAUCUGGAAAGCAAAGUUCCAGAUGACUUGGAAGUGAUAUAGUAAUCGGUAAUCAAUGUGCAAAAGCAAACUUCUCAAUGGAGUGUCAGCAAGUGCAAGUGCUUCACGUGCAAUGAAAUUGUUUCGCUUUGCGAAGAUGUUGAGUCUUCUUCGCUUGUUACGAAUCUCUCGAUUGAUCAGAUACGUUCAUCAAUGGGAAGAGAUUGUCAACAUGCAAUACGAUCUAGCUGUUGCAGCUGUCCGAAUUUUCAACCUGGUUUGUUUGAUGUUACUGAUCGGUCAUUGGAACGGCUGUCUGCAGUAUAUGGUGCCAAUGCUGUACGAUUUCCCACCAGAUUCAUGGAUUGUGGUUGACAAACUUCAGGAUGCUUCCUGGGGUGAAAAAUACUCUUGGGCAUUAUUUAAAGCAAUGUCUCACAUGCUCUGUAUCGGAUAUGGACAGCAACCACCAAAAAAUUUAAUGGAUCUUUGGAUGACAAUGAUAUCGAUGGUAUCAGGUGCUGUUUGUUUUGCGAUGUUUAUUGGACACACAACUGCACUUAUACAAUCCUUAGAUUCAUCAAAACGGCAAUAUAAAGAAAAGUACAUGCAAGUGAAGGAAUACAUGAGAUAUAGAAGAUUACCUAAAUCGAUUAGAAUGAAAGUUUACGAAUACUAUGAGAAUAGAUUUCAAGGAAAGAUGUUCGAUGAACAAGGAAUACUUGCAGAAAUAUCGCCUUCGCUUCAGGAGGAAAUUGUCAAUUUCAAUUGUCGACACUUGGUGGCAUCUGUACCGUUCUUUCGUAACGCAGAACAGGAGUUUGUUACAGAAGUUGUACAGAAACUUAAGUUUGAAGUCUUUCAACCAACUGAUAUAAUAGUCAAGGAGGGUUCUAUGGGAAAGAAGAUGUAUUUUAUACAACACGGAGUUGUGGAAAUAAAAAGUGUUUCAAACCUUAAUACAACCCAGCUAUCUGAUGGAUCAUACUUUGGUGAAAUCUGUCUGUUGACAAAUCAACGAAGAGUUGCUUCCGUAUUUGCAGUCACAAACUGUUGUAUUUAUUCAUUACAUGCCGAUGAUUUCAAUGAACUUCUGCCGAGGUUUCCUAUCAUGAAAAGAACUUUAGAAACUGUUGCAGCAUCGAGAUUGUCAAAGUUAGGUCGCUUCAGUAGUGUUCUAGAUCGUCGUGCUCGACAACAGAAAAAUAUUGAUCCAACCUCAACAGAAAUAGCUGAAGAAAUCAGGAAACACGAUGAAAAGAGCGCGGAAAAGACACCAAGACACCAGUCUGCACACGGAAACAGAAUACAAAAUUUUAGAAGAAAUAACAUAAACUCACCGAAUAAAAAAUAUCAAGCAUAUUUUAGACCACAAGGUGUCGACUCAGAACUGACUCCACUACGCCAGUAUUCCAACCGCAGCACAGAACAACCUAUUUUGAAAGAAACUUCCGACCAGAUCGAUGAUGCCGGCGGUGAUGUACGUAAGCAUCCUCACAAAAGAUCAAGAGGAUUCAUCAAAAAAAUAUUUCAACAAAACAGAGAAUGCGAGGGAAGAAAAUCCUACCUCAGAUACCCCUCGAAUACUAAUGGUUAUUUACCUCGAGGAAGCAUGCUCGAGACUAAUUUUAUGAAAAAUAAUUUUGCCGAAAACGACUUAGAGUCUCCAACGUCUAUGCAGGACUUUGCAAAAAUGUUAUGCCAGGAACAAUGGUCCAAGGCCCGUCAUUCCGAGACAAUUAGGUCGUCUCCCGACGGUGAGAAUUCUCCGAACGUAACAUGUACUGGAACGAAGCAUGCAGUUGAAAUGACUUGUGAGGCAACUUUAGAAGAAGAUGGAAGUAGCACAAUUGAUAUUGAAACAGACGUACAUCAAAAUCAAGCUCCCUUGGAAACAAUAUUAGAGAAUACAGACCAAACAUUGUUGAUUGCUUCCACCAAUGAAGACCCGGAAGAUAAUAGAGAAUCUUUCAAGAACUCACCAAGCGUCUUGAAUAAAAAUCCGAGUAUAGAAAAACAUUUUAUCACAGAUUCGAAAAGUUUUUCACCAAUGUCCUCAUUCUUAACGCAUACACAGUCACUUCCUAACUUGGAAGGCUUUUUCAAAACGUUCAAUUCCCAACCAUCAAAUUGUCAAAGUUCGAAACCGUUAUCAGAGAAACAUGAGUGGAAGUCAGAAGAAAACAAUUAUACUCAACGUGACUAUCCACCUGACCACUGACUAUAAAGUGUUGCAAUACAAAACUAAGUUUUAUGAAAUGAAAAUCGCCAAAAGCUGAGGAUGGAGUUCUAGAUUCAGCCUCGUUGACAGUACUGUCGGUCUAAAAAUGCACUAUGUCUAAACAUUGAGUAAACAUAGGUUUUGUGAGCACGGAAUGCACAUUGAUAGCUUUCUAAGAAGGUUACUUUGAGUCAGGAAAAUCUAUGUAAUUCAGAUUUGACAAACAAUGUAUAUUUUUACAUGUUUUGAGAUUAUGUUUCGUUAAACGAAAUUCAAUUUUUCUCUGUGAGAGCAUUCUUCAUCAAUUAUUUAAAAUUAAAUUAUCUAAUUAAUUAAACCUAAUUGAUUUGAUAGUAUUGCUUGUAUAGUUUUGGGCGAAAUAAGAAAAAUGCAAAUUUCAGAUGUAAGGAAAAAUACAUUUGUCCGGGAUUUUUUUUUUGAUUUGACUUGUCGGCUACACACAUUGCGAAAAUAAUACCUCAAUAAAUUCUCUGACUCACAUCAUUUACCAGCAACCAAUUUUGUAUAUUUUAUGGAGAGCCUGACAAUAUAGGGGAGAAUGAUGCAACAAAGUCCUCAGAGACUGUUUGAACUAUUCUAAUUUAUUAUUAUUAGGAAAUAUUAUACUUUAACUCUGACAUCGUGAAUACAAGCAGGUUUGGUUCUA